UCCUUGGUGUAUGUACGUCCUGAAACAAGGUGUGUGGGAACAGAGGCAGAAUACUGAAAACUCUUGGAAACAAAACCUUGCUUCCAGUUUGGAUCUGAGGAAGAAGCCUUCCUGUAACCUAAGCUGGUCAUUGCUCCACUUCUCAUAAGAAGGGAAAUAGAAGGCCAAAAGAAAGUUUAAAUUAGCAUUUGCAGGAAACUGUACCAGGGUGUGGUUCUGACUGGACAAGCAGCAUCGCUGCUUCUGUGCCUUUCCUGGUGAAUCAACCCAGGAUCAAGCUUUAAUACAAGGCCUCUUGCCAAAGAGGACAGCCUUGAGCGCUGCACAGCGGCCACACUCAACACACCCACAAGCUGAAGACCCCAGCGCCCCAAGCACCUGCCUGCACCGCUGCUCGUGACGUGGUUAGCAGGUGUUGUCAGAGCUUUGCUGCUCUCCCAGAGGAAACUUUCCCUUCUGACUUCUUUAUGCAGGAAGGCUGUGGGCUGCAGAGGCAAUGACAUUUCUGUGUGGAUGUAAAUGGAUUUAUUGCAGUGCAUCUGGGGCAAAUUUGACCAAGGAAGGUCUAAACCCUGUCCGUGGUGCUGUGGGACCCUGCCCUGGCAUUCUUUGUAGUUGAUACUUGGUUAAGGUUCUCCUUGUUGGCAUGAAAGGAAAAGCUGCACACAGCGACUGGAAAUCUGCACCCCAGAGGAAGCCUUCUCCCUGUGAUCGGUACAAACAUGCCUGUGUCAUUUGCAGAGGAUUUGUUUAUCUCUACGGAGGGCGGAACACCAGCAGCCUUAGGGAUUUUUGGCGGUACAAUAUAGCAAGGAAUGAAUGGGAAAUGCUGGACUGCUCAAGAGAUGGUCCAGAAGAACUGGAAGAACAUUCCAUGGUGGCUUAUAAGGGCACGCUGUAUAUUUUUGGUGGAAUGGUGGAUUCUGCUUUCACGCAAGCAAAAACCCCUCUCUGGAUAUAUGACAUUGAUUCUGCAAGAUGGACAGAGGGCCACGACGUACCAGCAGAGAUGGAGAGUUUGGCACCUACUAACAGAAAAGGCCACAGCGCAGUAGUGUACCAUGCCAGCAUGUACAUCUAUGGGGGAUAUGUUGGCAUCAGAGGCAUUUCACAGGAAUUUUGGACUUUCCAUUUUGAUACAAGAAAAUGGUUAUACGUUUCCACCCCAUCUCACAGCACUGGCCCAGGACCUCGGCACGGUCAUUCGGCAGUGGUUUAUCAUACAGGCAUGUACCUCUUUGGAGGACUGAUGGGGCUGAGUGAACAGAAAGAUUUAUGGAAGUGGGACUUUGGAAGCAGCAGCUGGUAUAACAUCAGAACAAGCCAAGGACCUCCUCCAGUGGUAGGUCAUGCUUCAAUAGUCUUCAAAGACUCAAUGCUGGUUUUUGGUGGAGGGAUUUCCAACUCCAGUCCUAAUGAAGACCUCUGGAAGUACCAUUUCCACACACGGACAUGGAAGAAGCUAAGUAGCAUUACAAAGGCAAACUUUUCUCCUAAAAUGUAUCACUGCAUGCUAGGAAUUGGUGUUGGCUUUCAAACUCCUUCAGAUUUCACUAAUACGUUCCCCAGUCACUGGAAGAGUAAGAAGGACCACCGCCAGCUGGUGCCCAUCCCAAAGCACUCCCGCUUCUGCAGCUACUUCCGCCAGCAGCCUGCAUACCGAGCGUUCAGCAACGAGGACAGUGGUGCAAUUGAAAUGAAAACCUUUAGCCUCCCUCUGGAGCCGGUGGGCUUUUGUGCAUUUCAAACCACUUCAGAGGUGGAACUAGACCCAAAGAGAGCAACAAGCAUUCUGACAAAGGACAGGUCUGCCCCUCUGUUUCUCUCUUCAGAAGAACAGACUUUGGAACAAGAGGAGGGAACCGACUGUCAGCACGCAGCAGCAGGAGAUGAACUUAGCAGCGGUGCCGACGUGCUGCUGCUCAUUGGGGGCAAACCUUUGUCCAGCUUCUCUGAAAUCUCAUUCUGGCAAAUGGAGUUCGAUAGCUUGCCAUCACUUUGAUUGCGAAGCAAAAGGACAAACUGCCACCGAUGUGCUAGAAGGCACUGAGCCGUCCAAACUGUUUUUAGUUUUCUGUCGGCUCACUGGGAAAAGAACAAAACCUUCUCAUACAUGCUACGAACACACUUCUUUACAGUGUGAACAAAAACCUCUCUAUAUAUGUAAGCCUCAACUGACAUAAAAAUUACAGUUCCCAAGAGGAGCUUGUUGGAACUCUGCUGCCACUGUUACAUUUCCCUUCUGAUCACCUAACAUCCUUUCAAGUUGCAGUGGCUGAUGCUGCACUGAAAAUGAGACCUGCAGUAAUCCCUCCUGGCUCCACAACCGCCAUUUGAAGUGUUUGCUCAUCUUGUGGUGCGCCGAGUAAAAGAUACACACCUCUAAAACUGCACUGAAAUCCAGUUUGUGCACGUUGCCAGCACGUUUGGCAGUGAGGGAUCUGAUGAAUCUUAAUGGCUUUUUCUUCAGAGAAUCUUCUUUGCACAGCGUGUCCGCAGCAGUAGAGGGCAUAUGCAUUGAGUACAUUACACCAGGUAUGUUACACAUUUCCCUUCUGCACUAAGUAAAUCCUGAGCCCUUGUAUGGUUUGUUUUUCUUUGUUUAACACUUCGUGAGCAUUCAGAUUCAUCAAGAAAGGUGAUUUUGGGGGAGAUAACAGCAUUUCAAGUAUUUCUGUGUAAGUUACUGAGGUAUUGGCCUUCUGAUUGAAUUUAGCAUCCUCUGUGAAGGAAUUAUGAUGUUUGAAAGAAAUAUUUAAUAUUUCCAAAUAUUAAAAAAAAGUACUUCUCAAAAGUUUCAUAGGAAUAAUGAAUUUUAAGUGGAAGUAUUUACAUGUACUUUCUUCAUCUUCUCACAAGUUGCUGUCCCAUGAAAUCAGUAGAAAAAUUACAGAUGAGUUUGCAGAAAGCUACUUAGGAGUUACUUGGACCUUCACUGACCUUUGGAAACAGAACUGUGUGCUGCCAUAUAAGUAAAGCAUGCUGCACUUUGGAAACAGAAUUGUAUGCUGCCAUAUAAGUAAAGCAUGCUGCACUUCCCAUUGGCGUGUGCUCAUUUUCUAGGCUUUCAUGAGUUUAAAAUAUGUAUUUACUUUUCCAAAUAACAAAGAACUUACCUUUUGGAACAAAGAGAGCACACACUUCCACAAGCACCAGCCACCUCACAGCAAUCCUUUAGGGCCUUUAGGGCUGCUCAGGCUUUGAAUUUCUUCUCCGGGAUCAUAAAUUGCCCACUUGGAGGAGGCGUGUUUGAGAACUUUGUACAGCAACCAGCUGUACGUGCAGGGCACCGCAACCUUAACUCAGCAGCAAGCAUUUCUUUUGCUGGCUGAGCUGUCUGUUCUGGCAUUAUCCAGAGAGAGCUGCUGUAAUGUACCGACUUUUAUCUAGGAUUGAUGAGGGAAUGAAAUUUAUCUGGAAAGGGUAACAAUAAACCAGUCAUUUGCCAAGUAAUGAGGUCUCCUGGCACAUUCAUGUAUCCUGGGGAUGCACAACAGCCCCAGGAAAAUGCCAUCCAGCCUCUGCCGUUCCUUUCGUGCUCCCCCCAGCCUCCUUUCCCUUUGGCAGCCCCACAGAGGGUUUAGCAUUUACUGGGAGCCAAUGCAGGCAGGACACGAGCCAGCUCAAGGGAGAAGGUUUGGCACAGGGAGCAAAAAGCAGCUUGCAGGAUGAGCCCAUCUCCUCCACAUCCUCCCCUCGCCGUAGGUGAGCUGAGUUGGGGCUGCAUCGACACUUCUGGUGCAGCUCCAGCUUCUUCCCCAGGAAAUCCCCAGCAUCUACCCCAGCCCACGGGGCCCUGCUGCACCCCAGCCUCUGCACCCCAGAGCUUGGGGUGGAGCUGAGAUGGAAAGUGACUGCAUCCCACAGCCACUCCACAGCACGAGCGUUCCUCUGCCUGCCACCUCAGUCCCGUUGGGCGCGCACAACCUGUAUUUCGGGCCCCAUCCCAAACCUGCACACAAUAUCCAAGACCUACACAUGUAAUCCUUGCUCAUACCGUGGUUUGAUACUCCCCAAGACAUCCUGUUUCAGAACUCAGUGCCACCAACUAUCCCCAGCAGUGCUCCCAGCAGCCCAGGAAGUUCCAGUCCUGCUUUCCUGGUGCAGUACAUUUGUAUCUGAUGCAGAUGGACAGCAGAGGCUUUGUGGAUGCGCUCCUGCUAUUUCUCCAUGACUGCAGCAGUUCGUGAGAAUUCAGCCUGGGCCCAAGCCAGUGACUAAAAGCUACUGCCAUCUGAGUGCUCUGUGGUGGCCUGCAUGAAAUAAUGAAUGGAAUUAGUCCAGCUGAUGGCAACUACUUAGUAACAAACCAGCACUCGUUUUUGGCUGGACGUGGAGCGGAGGGGCUGUCACUGAAGGGAGCUGUUUGAAGUGUCUCUGAAAAAGGGAAGUUUGCAUGUAUUCGCUAAGCCCACAACUGAAUGCAAUCCACGGAAUAAAAGCAAAAGGAUGCCAUGUUGUGUAAUCUCAUCCAAGACGUGAGAUGUACUGUUGGAUCAUAAAUCAUGUAUCACAAGAGAACAAAUCUAUCAGCCUUAAUUAUCUCAGACUCACUGUCUUUAAUUACUACUUGCUUUCUGAACAUCAAAAUGCAUGAACAGUAGGGGGAUUUUCUUUUAAAAUGUGGACACUUUAAUUAAAAAAAAAUUAAGCCCUUCUAUUUUCAAUAUAUUUUCUUAUGAAUGGGUUUGAAGAACGGCUGAGUCACUUACCAGUGGGAUCUCAGUAUGACCUACACAGAAAGCGUGCCACACGGGAAUUGACUUUCUAGGAGCUCAGCUGUUAAGUUGGAACUAUUUCACUUCCUUGUGAUACUUUCCUAAGUGUAUUCAUCAUUGAGAAACUAAGACGAUCAGAUGGCUUGGUUGCCCUUUGCUGCCUUCUUAAGUGGAAAUACAGAGUUUUCUUUAACCAACCAGUAGCACCGCUAUACCUCAAAGCAUUGCACGUUCCCCUGAACACUUGAAAACAGGAGCCAGGUGGCACCGCUUCUGACUGCACUUCGUGGAACUACACAUGGAAGUUCCAACUUCCCUCCUGGGCACGCACCCUGGUGCUGAGUUUCAAAACACCUGACAAUCUUCUUGGAAAAUCUCAUCUCAUUUGAAAAUCCAGCUCUGAACUCUUUAACACAUGCAAGUUCAGGUGUUAUUUCACGUUAUGCUUUCACUGGCAAGCU